CAUUGCGCGUGGACUGUAAUCUUACAUUUAGGAAAAUGAGCAUCUACAGUGUGGCUUUGUCCUGUUUAGUGGCGUGCGUUCUGUCCGUGCGCUGCAGCUCGGUUGCCGGGGGGGAGACUCAGAGCUCGCCCCAGGAGUCCUGCGCGUCCUGCGGCCUCAGGGCGCCGGAUCAGUCGGAGCGGGUGAACAUAGACUUUUUGGAAGCAGUCAAGAGGCACAUACUGAACCGGCUGCAGAUGAGAGACAGACCCAACAUCACGCAUCCCAUCCCGAAGGCUGCGAUGGUGACGGCGCUGCGGAGGCUGCACGCCGGGAAAGUGCGAGAAGACGGCCGGGUGGAGAUCCCCAGCUUUGACGGACAGGCUGCCUACAACAACGAGGUUCAAGCGGAGAACUCGGAGAUUAUCAGCUUUGCCGAAUCAGAUGAUCACACAUCUCUGUCUGGCCUGUACUUCCUCGUCUCCAACGAGGGCAACCAGAACCUGUAUGUGUCCCAGGCAAACCUGUGGCUCUACUUCCGAGUGCUGCCAGCCGGUCCAGAGAAGGGCCUCCGGAGGAAGGUGACGGUCAAGAUCCAUUACCAGGAGGCUGGGUCUGACAGUGGUGCAGAGGGAGGCCCGGGAGGUGGUGGUGGAGGAGCAACGGGCCGCUGGGCUCUGGUGGAGAAGCGGGUGGAUCUGAAACGCAGUGGCUGGCAUACUUUCCCCCUCUCGGAGGCGGUGCGAGCUGUGUUUGGGAAAGGCAGCCGGCGGCAGGACCUGGAGGUCCACUGUGAUGGCUGCGAGACAUCUGGCGUGGCUCCGGUGCUGGUGGACCCCAGUGACCCAUCCCACCGUCCCUUCCUGGUGGUGCGUGCACGACAGGUGGAUGGAAAACACCGUAUUCGCAAGCGAGGACUUGAGUGUGACGGCACCAGUGGGGGCCUUUGCUGCAGGCAACAGUUUUACAUAGACUUCCGCCUAAUUGGGUGGAACGACUGGAUCAUUGCACCAGCUGGUUAUUACGGCAACUACUGUGAGGGCAGCUGCCCGGCCUACAUGGCGGGCGUGCCGGGCUCGGCUUCAUCCUUCCACACCGCAGUGGUUAACCAGUACCGCAUAAGAGGGAUGAGCCCGGGCUCGGUCAACUCCUGUUGCAUCCCCACCAAGCUCAGUACUAUGUCCAUGCUCUACUUUGACGAUGAAUACAACAUUGUGAAGAGGGAUGUGCCCAACAUGAUUGUGGAGGAGUGUGGUUGUGCUUGAGUCCACAACCGUCACUAUCGUUGAACUUGGAACAGUCAGAAAGGCCUUUUGUACAAACAGGACAUUAUUGUACGGUACACAUGUACAAUAUAUCUAUACCUACUGUAUGUGCAAGCAACACGCACACUGGCACAUCUGGUGCAUCUCGCAAAUGCAAGCAUCAGCGUUGUAUCUAUGUGUGCAUGCAUGCGUUUGUGCGAGAGUGUGUAUUUAUCAGACUGAGUGACAUGCUCGCCGUCCGUGUUUAGUCCGUUCGGCGACGAAAGGUCAGUGAUGGGACGAGAAGGGAAUGAUUAUCACCAAAUGAUACUUUGCUCUAGUUUGCCAUUUCUAGUCAAAAAAUAAUGGCUCAUCAUCUCCUCUUGAAUGAAGAUAACAAGCGCUUAAGGAAAGUGACAGGAUCAGCCAUUGAUGAUGACAUUAUUGGCUUCGCCCCAACACUCCCAACCCCACUCCUCCAACCCUUUUAAGUACUUUAAGCACAUGACAGACUUUUGUUUUUAUAAAGCACUGACAAUUCAUCAUCUUAUACAAUUCAGAACACCAGCACUUCCCUACUCUGCCGACAGACACAGUUUGACUGUCCUCUGGUGGAAUUAGACAGGCAGCGCUUAAUGCCUUGCAGGAUUAUACCCUCCAGAGAAAGGCAAAAGAAAGUCCUCCACAGAGCUGCUGCUGCUGUUAUUCUUGCUGUUGACUACGGGCCUCAACCUCAACUUCCUGCCUGUCAAGAGAGCUGUAGGCCUUGCUACCAUGACAACCAAGUGAAGGUAGUUCUCAAAAGUGCACUUCACUUGUGCACUGGGAGCGACAGAGAGAGAACAGCCCACUAAGGCUCAGUAGAGGUAGGCCUGUAGACGUGGAGACUCUAGUUUUGGCCCAUUGGGUCUCCACAGUGCAGUGCAGCAUUUGCAGAAACUGAAAUGCACACCCUGAAUAGCACUUGUAUAAAGAAAUGCCUUCCAAGGGGUACCGAGUGUCCUGUCCUAUCGCUAAAUAAGUGCCACAUGAGCUAUGCAAUGUAUAGUAACCUAUACCCAUACUCAACAUGCUCUAUUAGACUGAAUUCUCUUUACACCUUUCUCUGUCUCCUUUCUCGCUUCAAUCCUCGACUCUUUAUCAAUACUUGAAAUGUAAUCUUUCGCUUCCUUUCCAAAGCGAAUGAUUGUUGUGACGUUUGCACUGAAAAGUUGCGGGAUUAGUGACACAAAAACUGCCAUUGAAAAGUUAUUUUUAUAGAAGUAAAUUGAAUUUUGUUUCAAAUGUAUUUUACCUAAUUAAUGGAACCAAAGAGGCCAAUAUUUUAGCUAUUGUACUAAGAUGGCAAGGCCAUUGAGUUACUGUGUACAAUACUGUUUUUCGAUCAUUUUGCAAUAGGCCUACCACUGUAUCAGGGUAUGAUAUAUGAUUUAAUUUCUUAGCUCUAUUUUCAUUCUGUUUUGUACAAUAAGCAACAUUUCAUUUUUUCAUCUUUAAUUCUAUUUUUGUUUCAGUUUUCUAUUUAAUAAGAAAGUUAUUUUUAGUU